UGGCGAUAGAAAAUUGUGAGAUUGUUCGGUCCGGUAUUAUUCCUAAACUCUCGUCAUUGUUAUGGAAAGCAAAAAUUCCGACAUCAGGGAAACACAGGAUCUCUUUAAGUGGCAGUACAAUUGCAGUCAUAGUAAGACGUAUGUUGGCAAAUGUCUCAUCAUAAACAAUGAAGAAUUUAAUGGCCAGCCAGAGUAUCGGCGGAAAGGCACUGAGAGAGACGGGGAACGCCUGCUUCGCACGUUUAAGAAACUGAGAUUUGACGUUGAAGUGAAGAAAAACCUGAAAAAAGAUGAAAUGAUCCGCGUGCUGCAAGAUGUGUCUAAGGAGAAGCACAAAGAGAUGGGCUGUUUUGUCUGUGUGUUUCUCACUCAUGGAGCACCAGGAGCCCUGUACGGCAGUGAUCUCCAGACAGUUCCUGUGAGAACACUGACCUCUAUGUUAACCGCUGACCGAUGCCCGACACUCCAGAACAAACCCAAACUCUUCAUAUUUCAGGCCUGCAGGGGGCUCCAGUAUGACUCUGGUAUUGAAACAGACUCUGAGGCUGAGAGUUCGGACUUUGUUGGAACAUCAGAUGUUCCAGAGAUGGACUUCCUCUGCUGUUACUCUACAGCCCCAGGAUACUACUCAUGGAGGAAUCCGGGUACGGGCUCAGUAUUCAUCAAUGAGCUGUGUGAGAUGCUAGAGAAAUACCAUGACCUGGAAAUAAUUCAAAUCCUAACCAGGGUCAGUCAUCAAGUGGCCACUAACUUUUACUCCAAGACACAAAAUCCGAAUUCUGAUGCGAAGAGACAAAUGCCCACCAUCCUCUCCACCCUUACAAGAGAAUUAUACCUCACAGCUAAAUGAAGUUUGUACUUAGAUGUACAUGUUUAUCCUGGUGCAUU